UGUUGUUGUUGCUGCUGCUGCUGCUCUCCUCGCUGUUGUUCUGGGACACAACAGGAUUCGCUGAGCGAAGACAGAAAAAGUCGCAUGUGCGCGCGCGCGUGUGUGCAGUGUGUGCGCGCUUUUUGUACUGUUUUGAGUAAAGUUGGUGGAAAGUGCGCGCUGUCGGCUCCCACCCGGACCGGAGCGCGUGUGUAUGCGUGCGUGUUUUUGCCGCGUGUAUUAAUUCUCGGGGAGGCAAGCUUCAACGAGCUCCGUGCCCAAUGUACAACAUGAUGGAGACCGAGCUGAAGCCCCCGGCGCCGCAGCCCAACUCGGGCGCCACGGGCAACGCGAGCGCGCCGGGCGGCAACCAGAAGAACAGCCCGGACCGGGUCAAGAGACCCAUGAACGCGUUCAUGGUGUGGUCGCGGGGCCAGCGCAGGAAGAUGGCCCAGGAGAACCCCAAGAUGCACAACUCGGAGAUCAGCAAGCGCCUCGGGGCCGAGUGGAAGCUGCUGUCCGAGAGCGAGAAGCGCCCGUUCAUCGACGAGGCGAAGCGGCUGCGCGCGCUGCACAUGAAGGAGCACCCGGAUUACAAAUACCGGCCGCGGCGCAAGACCAAGACGCUCAUGAAGAAGGACAAGUACGCGCUGCCCGGCGGGCUGCUCGCGCCCGGCGCCAACGCCAUGAGCGCCGGGGUGGGCGUGGGGGGCGGCGGCUUGGCCGCGGGGGUCACGCAGCGCAUGGACGGCUACGCGCACAUGAACGGCUGGAGCAACGGCGGCUACGGCAUGAUGCAGGAGCAGCUCGGCUACGCGCAGCACCCCGGCCUGAACGCGCACAACGCGGCGCAGAUGCAGCCCAUGCACCGCGCGUACGACAUGGGCGCGCUGCAGUACAACUCCAUGAGCAGCUCGCAGACCUACAUGAACGGCUCGCCCACGUACAGCAUGUCGUACUCGCAGCAGAGCGCGCCCGGCAUGGCGCUCGGCUCCAUGGGCUCUGUGGUCAAGUCGGAGUCGAGCUCGAGCCCGCCCGUGGUCACCUCGCCGUCGCACGCGAGGGCCGCCCCGUGCCAGACGGGCGACCUGCGGGACAUGAUCAGUAUGUACCUGCCCGGGGCCGAGGUGCCGGAACAGAGCCAAAGCAGACUGCACAUGUCGCAGCACUACCAGAGCGCGCCCGUGCCGGGCACGACGAUUAACGGCACGCUCCCGUUGUCACACAUGUAAAUGAACUGCCAUGAGUCGCCAUCGCACAAGCCGGACUGCUCUGGACUAUUAUACACAGUAUAUAUAUAUAUAUAUAUAUAUCUAUAUAUAUAUACAUACAUACAUAUACAUAUAUUUUUUUGUACAGAUCAUUUCUGGGAGGGAGAACUUGUAUAGGAACUCAAGGAAUGAACGCGAAACUUUUUUUCUCCCCCCUCCCCCCCUUUUUUUUUUCUUUCUUUCUUUUCAAAGAAAAGUUCUAGAGGAACGGUAGGAACUUUGCAAAACAAAAAAAAAAAAAAAAAAAGUGUACCCGAUUUUAAAGAGUCUCCACUGAUUAAAUGUUUUUAUUAUUGCAAUCACGUUUUGUACAGUAUUUAUCAAGAGACUUAACAAUCAAAAAAAAAAAAAGAUGUGGUGUUUGUACACUAUGCGAGGUUGUUGCGUUUUUAACAACAAUUCUGCAAAAAAAAAAAAGAGGCAAACGAUGAAAUUGCAGGAUACGAAAGAGUUCAAUUUGGUUCUAAUAAUGCAAAGCAGUGAAAGGAAAGAGCGGAUCUAAAUCAGGUAAAUGUUUCUUCUUGAAGGCAAAUAUAGUACUAAAUCGUUUUAAUUUGUUGAAAGUCAGAUUGAGCAAAAACCUUUUUUUUUGAAGGUUAAACAUAACUGUUAAUUUAUAUUUUUGUC